AUGGGCCGACCCCGGCUGUCUCUCGUCGUCCCUCUUCUUUGCCUUGUGCAACACCUGGCCCUCGGCCAGUUCGCAGGUUACAACUACGGACCCGACGCCACUAUCCGCAUCAGACGCCAGAUUUCACAACCUCGGAGGGAGGUGGUGAGGGAGAAUAGCGACGUCCGCGUACGUCUGGAGAUACGGCAGCUCGAGCAGGACAGCGAUGUGUGGACGCUCUACAUCCUGGGGCUUAGCAUGAUGCAGUAUGCCGACAUGUCGCUGGAUACAUCGUGGUUUGGCAUCUCAGGGAUUCACGGUAUGCCUCACAAAUCAUGGGGUGGCGUGGGCCCAACGCCUGGCAACGAGAACACGGGGUACUGCACCCAUUUUUCGAUUCUGUUUCCGACGUGGCAUCGCCCCUAUCUGGUGUUGUACGAGCAAAUCCUGCAAGGUCUGAUCCAAUUCAUUGCGUCGCUAUGGCCGGAUGGGGAGAGGCAGCGUUUCCAGGAGGCGGCUCUUAGAUUCCGAAUCCCUUACUGGGACUGGGCAGCCGAUCCGCCCUCCGGACAGAGUGUCCUCCCUCAGAGUGUCGCCGGCAGUCCGUUUGUUGAUGUCGACGGACCAAACGGGCGCCAGAGGAUCGCAAAUCCAUUGUUCAGUUUCAGCUUUAACCCUCUUAGUGCCACUGGAUUCACCCAGCCUCCGUGGAAUCAAUGGCCUACGACCCUCAGAGCCCCGACUAACCGGGGCCCAAAUGCUCAGUCCGACAACGCCUUGGUGGCAAGUGAUUUAGAUCGGAAUCGGGUUUCACAGAUGCAACGGCUAUACAACCUAUUCUCUUACUAUAACGACUAUAUUUACCUCGCCAACGAAGAGUGGACUCCACAACUCUCCAAUGGGUCGCUCGAGUCUCUCGAGUCGCUGCACGACACAAUCCACCUCCUCACCGGAGGCCAAAAUGCGCGUAUGGGCCACAUGUCCUACCCGCCCUACGCUGCUUUUGACCCCAUAUUCUGGCUACAUCACUGCAUGGUGGACCGAAUCUUUGCCCUCUGGCAGACGCUCCAUCCUGAAACAUGGAUUACGCCGCACCGGGCGCUCCAGAGUACACACACAACCAGCAGAGGCGAGAUUCAAGAUUCCCAAACAGCGCUCACACCUUUCUACUCGAGCGAUAACGGCACGUUCUGGACCUCUGACGGGGUCCGUGACCACACACGAUUCGGAUAUACCUACCCCGAGCUCCUGAGCGAGUCAGCGUCCAGAACCGAGGAGAGGCAGGCUGCUGUUCGGCGGGCAGUUAACCGGCUAUACGGGAGGCAGAGUCCGGCGGUCCUCUUUCUUAGCAGCACCAACCUUGCGUCCCAGCGGGCCAGAAGCGGCAGAUUGGGAGGUGAUGCCACCAGUUUGGAGAUGGCCAGCCUCUCUCGUACAACCAACGAGAGAAUCUUCCAUGGGAGCAACCGCUACCACGAGUGGACGGCCAACAUCCGCGUCGAGAAACAGGCCUGCGACGGACCUUUCUCCAUCUUGAUCUUCCUAGGCUGCCCGCCCGACGAUCCGCUCGAUUGGAUGUCGUCCCCGAGCCACAUCGGCACCAUGGGCGUGUGGACGGCCGGAAAGCAAGACCACGGUGAAAACGGGCAGAUGGCGAUGGACGGCCUGUACGUCUCGGGCACGGUGCCCCUGACCGCUGCGCUGGUCCAAAAGAUUGCUGCCGGUGAGCUGGCGAGUUUGGAACCCAAUGAGGUGGAAUUCUACCUGAAAAUGAAGCUGGAGAAGAGGGUCCUCGGGCCCGGCGGGCGAGUGUGGGAUGCCGACAAGGUGAAGGGGCUGAAAAUACAGAUUGUUAGCUCACUGGUCAAGGCGCCGUCCCGCGAGGAGGAGCUACCCGUGAGAGCGAGCACAAUUGUGCAUUUUGAUUUGUGAUAAUAGGGCGAUCCCUCCGCGAGCUGCGAAGGUCGUCCAAGCGGUUUGCUUUAGUGAAAACGGGGGUGAUAUGGACUUUGAUUAGCCUAACAAUAGACCUUACCCGCAACUGGAUGUCACACCUCAUUCAUGGACCGUUGUCCAGCAUGCUGGCUGUUGGUGGGGUCGGAUCAGAUUG